AUGGAAGGUAGGAAACGACAAAGAUGUGUAUAUGUCACUGCUCGUCAAAAAAAGAAACUUAUAGAAUUAAUGUCGAAACAUCCAGAAUUAAUUUCAUGCAAAAUUACACAGGAUUUUAAUUAUAAAGAUUCUCAGCGGCUAUGGCAAAAUAUAGCAAACGAAUGUAAUGCUAUGCCAGGAGCGAGAAAAACGUGGAGGCAGUGGCGAAAAUCUUGGCAUGAUAUCCGAUCGAAAACCAAGAAGCGACAAGCAGAAAAGAACGGUGAACUGCCUCUUCUGACGACAAUGCUAACAUCAGCUGAACAAGAGGCUCUGGGUAUUAAAAAUAUAUCAACAGCCUGUGAUUAUCAAGAAUCUACAGAGUUUGUAACAAUGAGUGAGUCCCAACAGGAGACUUUUAAUGAUGAAUUAUCAGGAGCAACGAUCAGUCAGCCCGAAUCUCCACCGGAAACAAAAGUAUUCAACUCUGGACAUAAAACAAAUAAAGUUAAAUUAAAACCAUCAAAACACAGCACUAAACACUCAAGUAUAUGUAACUUUAACUGUGAUAUGAUAGCUGUACAGGAGCAGAGAAAGAUUCAGAUCAAAGAAGAUUAUGUUAAUUUUAAAAAAGAUUAUCUUAGACAGAAAUUGAAGCUAUUAAAAGAACAAACCGAGGCAUUGAAAAGUAUUGCCAGGGAACUCUCAAAGUGA